CUUCGAGGAAUUUGUGGAGCAGACGAGAAAAGCAGAGUUUGAGCAGGACGGAGGCUGGCAGGGCCUGGAUGAGCAGGAGAUGUAUUCCCAGCAGGAGUACGAGGAGUUUGAGCGUCGGAGGCAGGAGGAGAUCAGGCAGCUAGUCGAGUCGGGCGUUAUCCCACCCCCCCCUGGCUACCAUGGGAUGCCACCACCCCAGCCAGCCGUGUACCAGGGUGGUCCACAUCCAGGACUGCACCCUGCGGCACAGGGUAUCCCGCCCCCACAGGCUCUGCCACAGUACGGUGUACCUCCCCAGGUACACCCCAAUGCUGUUCCUCAGGGGUAUCAGGCUAUUCCCCAGGGGUAUCAGGCUGUCCCACAGGGGUAUCAGGCUGUUCCUCAGGGAUAUCAGGCUGUUCCCUCUGGGUAUCAGGCAGUUCCACAGGGGCAGGUUCCUCCCCAGCAGGUGCAAUAUAUUCCUCAUGGGGCGCCUUAUCAGGCACCAGCACAGCCACAAGCACAGCAGCCAGUCUUAAGUCAACCUCAAGUGCAGCAGCCAGUGCAAGGUCAGCCUCAGGUACAGCAACCCAUUCAGGGCCAGGCUCAAGUUCCAGCUCAACAACCCAUACAAGGUCAACCCCAGGUGCAGCAACCCAUUCAGGGUCAACCCCAAGCUCAGCAACCCAUUCAGGGUCAGCCUCAAAUUCAACCCAUUCAAGGUCAGCCUCAAGUUCAGCAACCCAUGCAGGGUCAGCUUCAGGCGCAGCAACCUGUUCAAGGCCAACCUCAAGUUCAGCAGCCCCUACAAGGACAGCUCCAGGAACAGCAGCCAAUCCAAGGUCAGGCACAGGUUCAGCAAGGCCAGCAAGCACAACCUAUUGCCGGUCAGCCACCCAAUCAUCAACCCGUUCAGCCUGUAGCAGCUCAGCCUGCAGCAGGGCGAUAAGAUCUUCCGAUUGAGACACAGCAGGCUUAAGGUUCUACCAUACACAAUUACUUGCGCAGAAUUAUAUAUCUUCAGGUGAAUGGAUGUGACCGACAUUUUUAUUAAGUUGUUAUCAAACUCAGAACGAAACUGGAACUGAAUUGAAAGAAGUGGAUGGCGUUUGCAGGUUCAGAUUUGGUAGGUGUUGUGAUGUUCAUUUUAAUGUUUUUGCAUCAGGUGGCUAUUAGAAGAGAAAAGUCAAUGGUCUCGAACAAAGUGUGACUUGAUCAGUUGUUUUCUCUGGAUUUGAGUUUGAGAUUUUCCUUUAACAUUUACAUUUGUUGAGUUCUUACUGUAUAAUUGUUAAUGUUUAAACCUUUGAAGGUCUGAUCUUCUGUUGGAACAGAGUAGAGUAAACUUGAAUGAUAUGUAUAAAUGAAAUAUUCACCGGUUAGUUUGGUGCUGAGAUUAUUUUUAACACCUGUAGGAGAUAUUUAAGUGAUGUUUGUGAAUCUGGUAAUGAUUCUUUUUUAAUUUUUUAAACACAAAAUAAAUAUUCAGUGUGAAGCUCAAUUUUUUUUUUCUCUGUAUUUCUGAUAAACUUUUAAAGGCCACAA